GCGCCGAACGCCCGACAAGGGACAGUCGGCAAAGUGUGCGGAGUGCCCGGAAGGAGCCACCGACCAGCUCGUGAACCUCUCCGUCGUUCGUGACAGCGAGUCUCGCUGAAAAAGAGCGCGAAAAAAAAGGAAAACACGCUCACGAGCGUGCGCUCUACACUAAUCGACGCACCGCCCCGUGCUUCAACACACCGGGGCGCUCAACACACCGGGGUGCCUGGAAGAACGUGCCUUAUAAUACCUACGAGUCUGCGUUUUGCCUGGUGUGCGCCGAAGCACGCGGUAAUCUCGUGCGCCGAACAUCAAUUGAUUUCCUUUUCUUGCCGUUGGUGUGCGUAAAGACUUGCCGACUGCGGCCCCCAUCAGGAUGCGAGUCUCCAAAAGAAGCGGAUGGGAGGACUUCUACCGCGAGCUCACGGUGUACCUGCUGACACCGACGUUGACCUACUUGGCGCUGCGGCUGGUGCCGGGGCUAUGGACGCCGCUGGUGUACGCCUCGUGCGCCAUCGGACUGCCCGUAGUGUGUGUCUUCACGCUCGGCUACUUCUUGUACAGUCUGCUACCGGACUCGGGCGUAUCGGCUGCGGGAAAGGCCGUGCUCAUCACAGGCUGCGACUCCGGCUUCGGCCACCGGCUCGCACUGCGCCUCGACAGGCUGGGAUUCCAGGUGUUCGCGGGCUGCCUGUUUCCACAUGGUGAAGGUGCCAAGAAUCUCCAGCUGAAGGCAUCCAGCAAACUUCACGUGGUACCGCUGAACGUUACGAAGGACGAAGACUUCCGCCAGGCCGUGGAUUACGUACGUCAAAACCUCGACGGAAACGGUCUGUGGGCGGUAGUGGCCAACGCCGGCGUGUUCGGUGCCAUGGAGCUUGAAUGGUGGAGCAUUACCGAGAUGCAGCAACACUUCGACAUCAACGUGUUUGGCUGCGUGCGCACCGUCCAGGCCUUCCUGCCGCUGCUGCGUCAAUCUAAGGGGCGGAUUGUGCUCACCGCAAGCUAUGCCGGUCGAGCGACGGCCUCGUGGAACAAUGUGUACAGCAUGACCAAACAUGCCGUGAUCUCCUUGGGCGAUGGACUGCGGCGAGAGCUGAUGAAGUGGGGCAUCUCCGUCAUCCUCGUGGAGCCCACCUACUACAAGACUGCUAUACUCCCGAAGCCGGAGAACAUCGUCAAAAAGUACAAGGAGAGCAAUCUGCCCCGGGAAGUGAAGGACGCCUACGGCGACGACUAUGCCACCGAGAUGGCCGACAUUUCGGUCAACACGAUGGCGUUCUUCGCGCGUGACAACGUCGACGAAGUCGUGGACACCCUCGAGAAGGCGGUGUGCUCUCGCCACCCGAGGCAGAUGUACCGCUGCGACGGCUUCGUCCGCUGGCUCCUCGUCGUCAUAUUUCUGUGCUUCCCCCUGGUGUUUCAGGACCUCCUCGACUACCUCUUCCUGCACCACCACGCGGUCGGACCCGACGGCAAGUUGGUCAAGAAACCCUCCGUGCUCGAGAGGAUCACGAAUAAGGUGAAAUCUAUUUUGGCACCGCAGAAGCUCAAAAAGUGAGCGUUAGUUCUCUGCGUGAAGAAAAAAAAAAGAAAACAAAAAUGCGAGCGGAGGUGCGAAGAACCGAAGUGUUGCAGUGGCGAUUCCCAAGAAGUAAGGCAAGCCAAGCCAAGCCAAGUCGCAAUCUGCGAUCGCACUGUCGUCGCAAUGCGUCUGGCCUCGCAGAAGGCCCUGGCUCUGGCUGGAACUUCACGACGUCGCUGAAGCAGCUGUGCGAGACACCUAGGUGUGCUAUACAGGCAUUGUGCACCGGACGUGCUGAACGAACUGCAGUCGAGUCGUAUGCAAGAGGGUGUUUGGAACUACAGACAUGGUGACCGUCCUGUGCUACUUAGAUGACGGUGGACGAGCAGGAUGUGUGCGGAUGUGUGCGGAAUAACUUUAUCGUGGGUUGUUUCAUGAGUGAAACCGGAACUACUCUGCUAAGGUGCAACGAGGAAAAGGAAGAAAAAAAAAGGCAUUGAGAAAACGGGACUGAGCGUAGACUUUUGAAUUUGAGGCAAUAAGUCAUCCUACUGAAAAGUUAUCAUAUGCAAUCUAAUAACUGCAUGCGUUCUUCCUUUGUUUCCGUAGCAUUCAUGCAAAAUUUAUUAGUAUAUCGCAUAUGAAUUUCGCAUCAUUUCUGUAAUAAUUGUAUAAAAACAUACGGAAUCAAUGGGAUUUAUACGAAACGGCUUAGUAGUGCUACUGCAGCAACAAAUUUCAUGCGCGAUGUCAGAGGGGAGCGUUGACGCAUUUGCCAUAAUGCGUAAUAGCAUAGUACAAAACAUUCAUUUAAUCGGGAUGGGAGAACUAGCGUUGAUGUAGCUUGUUCACUAGCCGGUGGUUAGGCUGCUUCGUAUACCGAAGUACUGCGGCAGUAAUCGCCAAUCAUGCCCGCGUUAGCAAGCGGAGCUGGUCGCGUGGGCCUGAGCUAGCCAGAUCUGCUUCCCACUGGUCAGACAGACGCUGAUUAGGGUUAAGAAAUUCUUCUAAAGAACUUCCUGACUUUGAAUCACGAUCACCAUCGCUCCCAACCAGCCGACAUUUCGCCAGACUCCGUGCAUUAAUCGCUUGCUGGCGCUUCGCGCAGUGCUUGCUCUUGACAUUUCUUGUUCAUUAGCUUUCGUCUUUGUGCUUUGGCGUUGCUUUUCAGUUUUCCGGAAUGCGCGCGCCUAUGCCUUUUUCCUCGGCGUGUUGAAACUUCGCAGCGGCUAAUCUGCUCGGGACAAUAACAGGCAGGACCGAUCGACCACGAAUGUGCAGCUGCGCCAGUGUGCUACUAACUAUACAUUUUCAAAUGGACCGCAGCAUGUGCAUCUCUUUAAUAACCACGCGUCAUUUCCAUUUGAUAUGCGUUUUCGGCGGCAUGACUUACCUGAGAGUCUUGCUUGAGAGACUCACUAAUGGUUCCGCAGAAAUGGUAACCGCCUGCACCAGUUGAAAUCGCUUAAAACUGAAUGAUUGGGACCGACAUUCUGUUUUAGUUAUUUUACGAAUAUUUGUGGACAUUCUUUGAGAAUAAUAAAGACAACUGUGGCGCUUU